ACUGAUCACGAGUUGUUCACUUCAGUGUCCAAAUACAGACACCACAGCCCGUGGCCCGCAUUCUCUGAGACACUACUCGAUGCAAGUGUUCAACGAAAACGAGAUUUAGGCGAAGGAUUUAUAACGUGUGGUAAAUGUGGUAAUGGUUUAGGACAUGAGUUGGUCAAUGAGGGGCCAGAGGGAAAGUCUCGCUUUUGA